AUGGCGCUAAUGAGCAGCACCCGGGAGUGCAGCUUGGCGACGCCGUCAAAUUGUAAAGCGACCAGCAGCAUGGGCCUCAAGGUUGUUCAAAUAAACCUGCAGCACUCGCGGACUGCAACGGACAGCCUAACCGUUCUCCUGGCGGAGGAGGACGUCGACAUCGCUUUAAUCCAGGAGCCCUGGGUGCGGAGCACCGAGGAUGUGACGGCUGUGGAGGUAGAAGCCGCUGACGGUGUCGGCAUCAUACUGGCUUCCGUCUAUAUGGCACAUGAUCGGCCAGCACCACCCGAGGAGGCUCGUCGGCUUGUGCGUGAAGCCAGAAAUAAGAACCUGCUGCUCGGAUGCGAUGACAACGCGAGGCAUGCGUUGCGGGAAAGCUCUGAGACAAACGACCGAGCAGUAGCCGUUGUCGACGAAGACUCGGACCACGAAAGCGUCGGGAGCACUAACACAGCUGAGGAAGAGGUUCUUUUGCGUUCUCCGGCUGGGUCCAAUGGUGCUGCUUCGGAUAGCAAGAACAGACCAAGGAUCAAGCCUGAUAAAGAGAAGCUGAAGGCCAAAGCCCGAUGCAAGGCCGCGGUCAAAGUUUGUGACCGAUUUGGCAGCAAGUCCUACCUGACGAAGCAAGAGGAGGAACGGUUGGCUUGGGCCAGAGAGGAGAUCAAAAAUGGCCGGGCCUUCUACGCAGCAAAGCCAAUGUUCGCGGCUUCCAAUCCGAAAUAUGCGAACAAAAUCGAAGAAGAGCUAGCCAUCAAGAGGCAGCGUUCUGCGGAUAGUGAGGCCUCAGUGCCAUCGAAAAAGCAGAAGCACAGGCACGAGACGGCUAAACCGAAAAACGGAGACGAAAGACCUACGACGUCGAAAGCAGCGGCAGCGGCCAGUGAAAUUGCCAAGAGACACCUCAUAGUGGCACUCACUGACCGUAGCGACCAGCUGGGGCGAAUGUCGCAGGAACGGUGGAAGCGUACAUCAGUAGCAGUAGCCGUUGUCGACGAAGACUCGGACCACGAAAGCGUCGGGAGCACUAACACAGCUGAGGAAGAGGUUCUUUUGCGUUCUCCGGCUGGGUCCAAUGGUGCUGCUUCGGAUAGCAAGAACAGACCAAGGAUCAAGCCUGAUAAAGAGAAGCUGAAGGCCAAAGCCCGAUGCAAGGCCGCGGUCAAAGUUUGUGACCGAUUUGGCAGCAAGUCCUACCUGACGAAGCAAGAGGAGGAACGGUUGGCUUGGGCCAGAGAGGAGAUCAAAAAUGGCCGGGCCUUCUACGCAGCAAAGCCAAUGUUCGCGGCUUCCAAUCCGAAAUAUGCGAACAAAAUCGAAGAAGAGCUAGCCAUCAAGAGGCAGCGUUCUGCGGAUAGUGAGGCCUCAGUGCCAUCGAAAAAGCAGAAGCACAGGCACGAGACGGCUAAACCGAAAAACGGAGACGAAAGACCUACGACGUCGAAAGCAGCGGCAGCGGCCAGUGAAAUUGCCAAGAGACACCUCAUAGUGGCACUCACUGACCGUAGCGACCAGCUGGGGCGAAUGUCGCAGGAACGGUGGAAGCGUACAUCAGUAGCAGUAGCCGUUGUCGACGAAGACUCGGACCACGAAAGCGUCGGGAGCACUAACACAGCUGAGGAAGAGGUUCUUUUGCGUUCUCCGGCUGGGUCCAAUGGUGCUGCUUCGGAUAGCAAGAACAGACCAAGGAUCAAGCCUGAUAAAGAGAAGCUGAAGGCCAAAGCCCGAUGCAAGGCCGCGGUCAAAGUUUGUGACCGAUUUGGCAGCAAGUCCUACCUGACGAAGCAAGAGGAGGAACGGUUGGCUUGGGCCAGAGAGGAGAUCAAAAAUGGCCGGGCCUUCUACGCAGCAAAGCCAAUGUUCGCGGCUUCCAAUCCGAAAUAUGCGAACAAAAUCGAAGAAGAGCUAGCCAUCAAGAGGCAGCGUUCUGCGGAUAGUGAGGCCUCAGUGCCAUCGAAAAAGCAGAAGCACAGGCACGAGACGGCUAAACCGAAAAACGGAGACGAAAGACCUACGACGUCGAAAGCAGCGGCAGCGGCCAGUGAAAUUGCCAAGAGACACCUCAUAGUGGCACUCACUGACCGUAGCGACCAGCUGGGGCGAAUGUCGCAGGAACGGUGGAAGGUAGUAUAA